UUUCUCGUUUCAGAAUCGAGGCCAUCUUACUUGCGAAGAUGACAUCAGCAGCUAAUGGAAUUCCCAUCGUGCAGAUUCAUCGAGGCAAUUGGGAGGAGCUUCAGGGUAUGUUAAAAGAAGCCAUUUCAAACGCAGCAUUCGUCGCGUUCGAUCUUGAGCUUUCAGGGAUUGGGAAUCCGCGAGACUUGUCAUUAUGGGACCUGGACCACCGUUAUGAAAAAAUUUGCGAGGUUGCUGAUUCGCGUUCUGUGUUAUCCCUCGGUCUUUCCUUCGUACGAUUCCUUACGUCACACGAAAUUUUCCCACAAAAUGAACCUAAGGAAGGAGAUGUGCCACAUUACAGUAGAACGUUUCUGGCGCAAAAUUUCGACAUCUUGUGUUCUUGUCAGGAUCCAUUCGUGACAGAUCCAAAGGCGGCGGAUUUUUUGAUCAGAAAUGGGUUCGACUUCAAUCGGCAAUUGGCUUUUGGC